AAAUCAUGAAGCAUGAAAACCCUUGUUUAGCAUUCGGGAGUUCAACUUCAAUGGCGUCUGCUUCAACCGCCAUCGACGAAGUCCCAGUGUUCAUUGACACCAGUUUAGAAACCCACAUUGUCAUCUCCGUCUCUCCUGAUAUUACCGCCGGAGAGUUUAAAAGGCAAUGUGAGAUCAUGCAUUUAGGUUGUUAUCCUGCAAUAGGAAAUAUCAAAGUUGAUGGAUUAAUGGUUAAGAAAAAGUCUCAACUUUAUCACUUGCCUGAAUCGAUGCCUAUAAAGCACGCUUUCCAGGGGUCCAAGAAAACAUGGUUUUUAUACGCGAAGUUGUCAUCAAUACCCGAAUCUGAAGUAAUUCGUUGCGGUUUAUCAGAAAACAGAGCGGAAACUAAUUGCAAAAAAUCACCAAAGAAGACGAAGAUAACAGAUUUUCGCCCUUCAUAUGUGGAUCCAACAAGUGAACGGACGUCUCAAUCAAUAUCAAUAUCUGUUUCGGGUAUUAUCAAGAAAUAUUUUUCUGUUUUUGAUGACGAAGUGACUUCAAGUAGAUCAAAAGCGCGAGUGCCAAGUUGUGCACCGAAAACGCCUCCCACGGUUAGUAAAGUAGAAAGGUCGAGAGAGAAGAAGAGAUCAAGCGCGAUUGGAAACCGACUCAUUGUAGCUGCAAAUAAUCUCGGGAUAUCAACAAGUGAUAGAAAACCAGUGAUCUCUCUUUGCAAACACAAAUGUGAUAAGUUUUCUGUACCAAAAUUAUCUUCUGUUGUAAGACAUCCUGUUUUUGAGAUUGGGGAAGAAUGAUUGUUUGUAAAGGCAAAUUUUGUACAAGCUCAUGUAUUGUUAGCAAUGUAGAUUUUUUUUU